AUGCUAGACAGAUUGGCGGGGCAAGAAUAUUACUACUUUCUUGAUGGCUACUCUGGAUACCACCAGAUAGCUAUAGCACCUGAAGAUCAGGAGAAGACUACUUUCACAUGUCCCUACGGUACCUUUGCUUUUAGAAGAAUGCCAUUCGUUUUUGGUUCCUCCUUCGAUCAUUGUUUGGAAAAUUUGGAAAAAGUGCUAACUAGGUGCGAGAAGUCUAACUUGGUGCUAAACUGGGAGAAGUGCCACUUUAUGGUAACAGAAGGAAUUGUUCUUGGGCACAAAAUUUCAAAGGCAAGAAUUGAAGUGGAUAAGGCUAAAGUUUCAACAAUAGAGAAUUUUCCACCUCCAGUUUCUGUAAAAGGAGUGAGGAGUUUCCUAGGACACGCUGAUUGCUUGAAGGCUUUCAAGGUUCUAAAGGAGAGAUUAAUUUCAACACCGAUAGUAACUUCACCAAAUUGGGAGUUGCCAUUUGAGUUGAUGUGCGACUCAAGUGACUAUGCCAUUGGAGCGGUAAUUUUCUACACAGAUCAUUCAGCGAUCAAGUACCUUAUGACCAAGAAGGAUGCAAAACCGAGACUGAUUCGAUGGGUACUUCUACUUCAAGAGUUUGAUUUAGAGAUAAAAGAUAAGAAGGGCACCGAAAAAUCUGGUAGCAGACCACUUGUCAAGAUUAGAGCUGGAAGAGAGUCAGAAUAUAAAGGAGACUUCAUGGGUCAUUUUCCUUCAUCCUUUAGCAAUCAGUACAUUCUAUUGGCUGUCGAUUAUGUGUCUAAAUGGGUCAAAGCUGCAGCUACACCUCAGAAUGAUGGUAAGACAGUUCUCCGCUUUCUACAAAAGAACAUCUUUACUCGGUUUGGUACUCCUCGAGCAAUAGUAAGCGAUGAAGGGAGUCACUUCUGCAACAACCAGUUUGAAGCACUCCUUGCAAGAUAUGGUGUCCGACAUCGAACUGCUUUACCAUACCAUCCCCAAAGUAAUGGCCAAGCUGAAAUCUCUAAUCGGGAGAUCAAGAUGAUUCUAGAGAAAACAGUGCAAAGAUCAAGGAAAGAUUGGUUAAGAAAAUUAGCUGAUGCAUUGUGGGCAUACAGAACUGCUUUCAAAACAUCGAUUGGCAUGUCUCAAUAUCGGUUGGUGUUUGGAAAGGCUUGUCAUCCACCGGUGGAGCUAGAGCAUAAAGCUUUUUGGGCCAUGAAGACUCUUAACAUGGAACUAAAAGCUGCAGGGGAGAAAAGACUGCUACAGUUGAACGAGCUAGAGGAGUUUCGAAAUGAAGCCUAUGAGAACGCAAAAAUCUACAAGGAAAGAACUAAGAAGUGGCACGACCAAGGUCUAGUACGGAAGGAGUUUCAACCAGGGCAGCAAGUGUUACUCUUUAAUUCAAGGUUGAAACUGUUUCCUGGAAAGUUGAAGUCAAGGUGGUCAGGACCAUUCACGGUGGUAAAAGUGUUUCCUUAUGGAGCGGUGGAGUUAAAAGGAGAUGGUCCUGCAACUUUCAAAGUUAAUGGACAACGUUUAAAGUUCUACUUGGGAGGUCAAUUUGACCAAGCCAAGUCCGCCAUGAUUCUAGCGCCACUUUGA